AUGGCGUUCACAACCAAGAUUUUACGAGCUGAUAAAGAUAGCAUCAUUUUCAACAAGAAUGAUAUAUUGCCGAAGAUAACUGACCCGGAAACAGAAAAGAGUCUUCGUAUAGCAGCUAACGAGCUCAUUAAUAGCACAAAUGUUAUUGGGUUUCCUACUGAAACUGUUUAUGGACUAGGAGGAUCUGCACUUAGUGAUGCAUCAGUAAAAUCAAUCUAUAGAGCAAAGAAUAGACCAGCAGACAAUCCAUUGAUCGUACAUGUAUCAUCCAUAGAUCAAUUAAAACGAAAAAUUUUACCCAAAGACUACAAGAUUCCAGAAAUUUACGACAAAUUAAUAGAGAAGUUUUGGCCAGGGCCAUUAACAAUUUUGUUACCAAUACAUGAAGGGUCACCAAUAUCAAAGAUAGUCACAGCUAAUCAGAACACCUUUGCCGUGAGGAUCCCACAGCAUCCAAUUGCAAGGGCUUUAAUAGCGUUGAGCGAUCUUCCACUCGCGGCACCAUCAGCAAACGCUUCCACCAGACCAAGUCCAACUCUCGCGAGCCACGUAUAUCACGAUCUUCAGGGAAAGAUACCGUAUAUUAUAGACGGUGGACCGUGCGAUGUUGGGGUGGAAUCAACCGUCGUCGAUGGCUUAGUGGAUCCUCCAAUGCUCUUAAGACCCGGCGGAGUUUCAGUGGAAGAGGUCAGAAACGCCGGAUGCGGUCCUUGGGAAAACGUAGUCUUAGCAAAAAAGACAGCCGGGAAGUCAGAAGCGGUCAAAACUCCUGGCAUGAAAUAUAAGCACUAUUCUCCAACUGCCAAAGUAGUUUUAUUCGUCAACUGCGGCGAUGGCAUUAAUGCGGUCAACAAGUACAUAUCCGAGAACAAGAUCCCUGAGUCCAAAACAAUCGCGUUGCUUAAGUCUAAAUCCUUUACAAGUGCCAGUGCCAUAAGUCAUCAAAUAAAUAUAGAGGAAGAUUUGGGUGCAACUGGUCUAGAAAUAUCUCGGAACUUAUUCAAAUUAUUGAGACAAGUUGAUGAACUCGGAGUAGACAUAAUUUUUGUAGAAGGCAUAGAUGAGACCGACGAAGGCUUAGCCGUCAUGAAUAGACUAUCCAAGGCUGCUUUUGAGACGAUAAAUGGUAAAUAA